GCUUACUAAUUUGUGUACUUAAAAAAGUAAAAACCGAAGAAAAAUAUCAUUUUUCAACUAACGGUUUUGUUAUAAACUGUAUUUCGAUCCAUUACUGUGUAUUUUUAUACACUUUGAAUACUAUUUAAAUAUAAUAUAGUAAUUAUAAAUACUCCGACUAUAGGAAUUAUGAUGUCAACUUCUGGACCAGAUAUGAGCCAAAAAUCGAAAAAAAGCGUGAUCACACAUUCUAGUGAAUACACAAUGGACCAAAACUCACAAUUGGGUUUUUCAAGUAUCGAUGAAGUGAAAAAUGCGGCGCCAAUUGAAAUUGAUGAAACAUACGAUUGUGAUGAGCCCAUGAUGUUUAUAGUAGACGGAAAUGUUCUUUUGAGCUCAGAAGUUACCAUUGAUGAUGAAAUGAAAAAUGAGGCACCAAUUGAAAUAGAAGGAACAGUUGAAUAUUUCUAUGAGAACACAAUACAUAUACAGAAAGAAAAUGAUAUGCUGAACACACUUACCAAUGUAAAUGAAAUUACCAAUGAAGCGAUUAUAAUUGAUGUAAUUAAUCAUCUAACAAAAACCUAUGAACAUUCGGACAAAUAUCAAUGCGACAUGCAAUGUGGAUUAAUAAUUGUGUCCCCGAAUUGGCUGGCAAAAACGUCAUCGUUGAAGAUGUUCAGAUAAUAUGUCAGAAUGAUUUUGAAGACAAAAUGUUCCUGAAUGUUAAUCAUAAAAACAGGUUAACGGAUAAUGCUGUUCCUACCCUCUUUAACGGACUAACAAUUAUUGGCUUUAGAUGACAUACUGGCUAAACGAGUAAGUCACAACGAGAUGGCGUCAUUUGAAUUUGUCUGCACCUUUUUGUCAGUUUAGAUUACUAGAAAAAACGACACCAUUGGACAGGUCAUGCAAGUAACAAACAGCUUGGUGGAAGAGAAAUGCGAUUUGUGUCUAGAGUCGUUUACGUCUAAAGAGGGAUUGAAACAUCAUAUUACAACAUCACACAACGGUAUUCCUGCAAUCGAUGUAGGUUCAAUGAAACAAAAAGAAGAAAAUAGAAUUGUAUUAUUUCAGUAGUGUCAAUCAUACGACUAAUGAAGUGACCAAAGGAAAUACCGAAAACAUCAGCCAACGCUACAAUUGUGAUGUGUGCUAUAAAGAUUUUUCUUAUAAAUUGACCCUUGCAAACCACAGACGCAUGCACACUGGUGAAAAGCCUUAUAGCUGUGAUAUUUGCUUAAAGUCGUUGCACAAAACACAAACACUCGCACACUGGUGGAAAGAUGGCUCACAAAUGUUAUGUGUGUUUAAAAUCAUUUUCUCGAAAAUCCCAAUUCGCACAACACGGAUGCGUGCCCACUGGGCGAUAGGCCCUACAAAUGUGAUUGACCGUUAUUCAUUUGAUCAGUUUGUAAAUAAAUUGCAUUAAGUAGAGUAAUUGUAACUCGAUAGGCCAUGUAAGUGCAACUGCUAGUGUUUAAUCGAUGCUCUUUAAUUUUAAUUAAAUUUUACUACAAUCAUUAGAUGUGUAAGCGAUUUAACGUAAACAAAAACAAAAAAAAUGUUUUUUGUAAUUAAGUUGAUGUAACCAUCUUAACAAUGCAGACUUUUUUUUAUUGAA